AACAAAACAGUUGUCGGAGUGGUGAAGUGAAGUGUGCGCGCGGUCUGGUGUUUUUCUGUGUGAGUUUUUAGCCUGUUAGCAUUUUCUUCUCACACCACUGCGGAGUUUUCCCCGCUGCCGCGUUCAGGAGCACCGGGCACUGGGCACUGUGUCGCGGAGUGCGUGGAGUUCCAGGUGGACCGGCUGUUUUCUCCUCUAUCAGCGGCAGAGGCUCGGAAUGACGGCCGCCUUUCCUGCGCCGACCCCCGGACUGCGCUGCGCCGCGCUCCGCUGACACAGCGCCGUGUAUCCCCGUGUUUUCCCCGCUGCCCCUCGACCUGCUCCCGUCGAGCCGCCUGGAAAUCCACCGCGGCCCGGGCGGGUAACCGUUUAGUGCGGUUUAGCCUAAAAGACUUCGAUAAUUUCGCACUUUUUCACGCAAAUGAAACAGACGGUAUUGGCGCAGGCUAGCCAGCGCUGCUAACAAACAGUGAGCUAACAUCAACAUAGUAACGCUAUAACGUCCGGGGAAGCUCAAAUUCCUCCAGUUUAAUCACAAAACAGCGGGGUUUUCUGAUUAUUGAGGCUGUUUCAUUGGUUCUAAACAACGUUAUCAUUCAUUUAACGCUGCAAAUCAUAGUGGAUAAAUAAGGAGAAGGAGAGGGCUCUAGCUAACCUGGCUAUUUAACAGUUAGUACUCACAAGUUCAGCUAAAUAUGUUGGAAUUUUACUAGCUAAACAUAACUAUUUAGUGCUGCCUACAAAAGUUGUAACUAUUUAGUCUUUAAAAAAGUGGUGUUUAGCGAGCUUAACUAACUAGUGAGGUAAAGCAUUUUAUUGAUUAGCUAGGUUGGGUAACUUAACUAUUUAGGGCUGCACGAUAUAUCGUUUCAGCAUCGUCACGUAGGUAAACUAGUUUAACGGUCACAUCGCAGGACGUGCAAUGUCAUGACAAACACAUACUAACUAGCUAACUUAAUAUUGCAACUUUUGUGCUGCUUUUCUUCUAAUUUUCAUUACAUAUCUUAACAGCUUAGCUUACUAGCUAGCGGAGUUUGAUUAUAUCAGCUCAGUGUCAUUUAACUAGCUAUCUAGCUAUUUUACUCUCUACACCCAAAUAUUAAUUUGACACAUUUGAUCGUUGACCUCACAUCAAUGUAAAAUCUGGUGAAGUUGUCUGCAAUUUUUUUUUAAAUCGCAGUAAAUAUAUCACCUAAUAAGUCUGUCACAAUAGCUCUAUUUCGCUAGUCAUUUAAGACAUUGUCAUUUUUUCACUGAUAUUAUUUGGUCAGUCCACUUUGACUUACUUUUCCAAACAUUCUAGCUGAAAUUAUGCAGUCUUCUGGUAGAACACUGAUUAGCCUCAAAUAACACAAAUUCAGCUAUUGCAAAUGAGUGUACAGGAUAGUUGGCUAAAGAUUGGCAAAUCUAUUGUUGAAUUUCAUUUUUAUUUAAACACUCAAGUAAACACAAUAGGCAGUUGUGAGAUUCCCACUAUUGUGCAGCCCUAGAGACAAAACUAACUUAGCUUGUCAGUAAUAGGAGUUUUAAAAGAAUGCUGCCGAGGUGAGUUGGAGGUGGGACAGGCAGAAAAUUCAGUGUUUGAAUAUGUGUGUCUUGUGUAUUUAACUAGACUAGCUAGCUUAAUGUCACAGUAGGUGCUAGCUCACUACUUCGGGCCAGGUGAAGGAAGCUGCUUGGGCUAAUGCACAGGUGACAUUACAGUCAAGGGACAUUAGUUGUAAGCACUUGGCAGCACAAACAGGCAGGAGGCUCUCUGUUUUGGUGGUACGAAAACAAAUGAAGCAAAAGUAAGUCACAAGACUGAAUGAAACUGAUUGCACAAGGCUAAGACUGUCUAAAAUCAAACUGUAUAUGUGGGAACAACAGAUGUUAACUAUUUAAAAUGUGGAUUCAAAAGUUGCACUUAUAAGAAGCUCUGAAACAGUCUGGAAAAGGAGGCUAUUGAAAAUAUUAAUUCACUUAUAGGCACAGUUAGUGGUGUACUUUGUUUUUCUUGAAAUGAGAAGAUGAAUAGUGAGAAUCAAGCUAUAGAUUUAUGCAAUGCUAACACAAAACCUGGUGUCAACAACACUACAGCACACAUCUCAGAGGAGAUCAUUCCACGGAAUAGCCUCCACUUGAUGGACGUGGAUGCAGGGAAGCAACCAGGCGAUGCAGAGGCCUUGGAGGACGGCAUUUUGAGUCUGACCAGGGCGACGGGUUAUGAGGAUAAUGUCAACGAGAAAGGUAAUGAAGAGCAGUUGCUCCAAAAAAACAAUGGGAAUGGGAUCACUAUUGCACCUGCCGCAGUGAUCUCUGACCCAUCGGACGACAAGUCUGAUGACAACAAACAGCAGAAAAGUAGCAAAGACGAGUUGGCUUUGGCCGAUGAAGGGGACAUGGACAUCGGUGUGGAUAUAAGUCUGGAUGAAAGUGGUGUUUUGGAGUCUGAACCAGCCAUGGCAGCACAUGGGACCACUUUGAAAGAGGAAAUUGCCUCUAGUUGUACUGGUGGGAAUUCUUUAACGUCAAACACAAAAACUGAUUCAGACAAGGAGUUGCAAAUAUCUUCGGAACCAGGAGGAGCUGAAAGAACAGGGGUUCUGUCGCUGUCCCUAGCCCUAGAGGAGGGAACUGGGCCUAAACAUGGAGUCAAGAGGGUCACGUUCCCUUCUGAUGAGGAGAUUGUCUCUGGAUCAGUCGAACCCAAGGACCCCUGGAGACAUGCUCAGAACGUGACGGUGGAGGAGAUUCUGAAUGCCUACAGACAAGCCUGCCAGAAACUCAACUGCAAACCCAUCCCCAAAGUGCUCAAACAAAUCCAGGACUUGACAGACCUGACUCAGCGAAAUGAGUGCUUGGAUCUUAAAGGAGAGAAGUUGGACUAUAAGGCGUGCGAGUCUCUGGAGGAGAUCUUUAAGAGAGUCCAGUUUAAAUUGGUGGACCUGGAGCAGACCAACCUGGAUGAAGAUGGAGCCUCAGCCUUGUUUGACAUGAUUGAGUACUACGAGUCUGCCACUCACCUCAACAUCUCCUUUAACAAGCACAUCGGCACCCGGGGCUGGCAGGCCGCCGCCCACAUGAUGAGGAAGACGAGUUCCCUGCAGUACCUGGAUGCACGGAACACUCCUCUGCUGGACCACUCGGCUCCAUUCGUGGCUCGUGCUCUGCGCAUCAGUGGAAGUCUGGCAGUGCUGCACCUGGAGAACGCUGGUAUCUCAGGACGCCCGCUGAUGCUACUGGCCACGGCUCUGAAGAUGAACAUGAACCUGCGUGAGCUGUACCUGGCCGAUAAUAAGCUGAAUGGCCUGCAGGACUCAGCUCAGCUGGGAAACCUUCUCAAAUUCAAUUACAACAUCCAGAUCCUCGACCUGAGGAACAACCACAUACUGGACUCAGGGUUGGCGUAUGUGUGUGAGGGCCUAAAGGAGCAGAGGAAAGGCCUGGUGACCCUGGUGCUCUGGAACAACCAGCUUUCCCACAAUGGCAUGGGUUACCUUGCUGCUGCACUGCCAUGCACACAGAGUUUGGAGACUCUGAAUCUUGGCCAUAACGCGAUUGGCAAUGAAGGAGUUCAUAAAUUGAAGGACGGACUGAUAGCCAACCGCUCUGUCCUCCGACUGGGCCUGGCCUCCACCAAGCUCGCCUGUGAAGGGGCGGUGGCGGUGGCAGAGUUUAUUGCAGAGAGUCCGCGACUGUUGCGACUGGACCUUCGAGAGAAUGAGAUCAAGACUGGGGGGCUGAUGGCGCUUUCACUCGCACUGAAGGUCAACACCUCACUGCUCCGUCUCGACCUGGACCGAGAGCCCAAGAAAGAGACGGUGAAAAGCUUUAUUGAGACACAGCGCGCCCUCCUGGCAGAGAUCCAGAAUGGCUGCAAGAGGAACUUCAUCUUGGCCAAAGAGAAGGAGGAGUCUCAGCAGCAGAUGAGCCAGUCUGCCUCCAUGGUAGAAAUUGCCACCGAGGAUCCGCCACCUGAGGAAGAGGAGGAAGACCCCACCCCAUCCACAGAUCAGGGAGAGGGAGAGAAACCUGCUCAUGAGGGGAACAAAGAUGAGGAGGACAGUGAGAAACUAGCCAAAAGCCAAGAGGAGGAAGUUCAAACAGCAGUCACAACACAGGAGGAUUCUGAUUCCGAUACUGACGAUGAUGAGGUAGAAAUCGAAGUGAUAAAACCCACAUUGCAGACAUCACCCCUGAAACAAACCCCGCCCCCAACAUCAGCUAUACCUUUAGCCAUCAGUGCUUCACAGAGUGUCCUCACCUCUAGCCCCAUCCCCAGUCCCACCCCCAGCCCUGCUAUUACAUUAUCUGAGAGUCCAGCCGUGGUCUCGAACAUCACGGUGAAGGAAGCCAGCUUGCCUUCAGGAGCCCCGCCUUCUCCUGGGCGGUGCAUCUCCGUGUCCAGUCCAGGGAGGGGUCACAAGAUCUUUAUGGUAACUCGCGUGGAGAGCCCACCGGAACAGCAGCAGCUUCAGCAGCAGUCCAUCAUUGCACUGGCCAGAAGCCUCCAGGAGAGGGCGCCAGAGAGCAAAGCUUCAGCUACUGCAGCUGCAACCAAGCCGGUUGAUACUAAAGCACCUUCUGAAUCAUUAUCAGAACAGUCUGAGACGAAACUUGACUCAAAAAGUACAGACAACAGCACUUUUUCAGCUCAGCAGAUUUCUGAAUCUUCUUCACAAGCACCUUCUGAGAACACAGGCGCAGCAAAGCCUCAGUCUCAGCCAGAACAGACGCCGCUAAUAGAACCAGUGUCUGUAAUAGAACAAGGUCCUCUUAAGCAAGAGGCUCAGGCAUCCUUAUUAUUACCAUUACAGACCACCACAGCCCAGCAGCACUCGUCUACAGUGGACAAAACUGAGUUAAACGCCGUUCAGCAGGAACAGCAGCCUCUCAGUGAAGAGCAUCCAGGAGAUAAUGCCGCUGUCUCUCUGGUGGAGCCCCUAGCACAUAGUAAUAGUAAUAGUGAUGAGCAGCAGCCAAUAAUAAACAGUGAACUCCCAGAAACAGAGAACCCAACAAACGACACUCACACAGGUCAGAUAGUCCAGUCCGAGGGGCACACCGUGACUUCAUCGAACCAGGCCACGUCAGCGGCAGAGCCACAGACAGCUACACCCCCACAGCCCAUCACAGAGGCUUACCAAGAGGAGCACGGACGUAUUGCCUCGUCCGCAGGGACGGAGGACUCCACAGACUCCCCCGAUGAAAGUUCCACGGAGGAGGUGGAGUGUAUUAAUACAGAUACUGCCGCCCUGCCCAACGGCCUCAAGCCUGAGUUCGCCUUUCACCUGCUGGAGCCGGAGGCACCCAAAGCUGCCUGCUGCGUCAUGGAGCACAUGAGUGUGACUGCAGAGCUGAGCUGUGGACAGGAUCUGGAAGAGCUCCUCUUAGAGGCCAGUCUGGAUACGAGCAGAGACACGCCUUAGAGAUUUAGAUACGGGUCCACCUUUAUAGAGAGACAAAGUCCUGUCUGCAGACCACUGGACCUCAGAGUCUCCUGCUCCCACCCUCCCUCUGCUCCGCCUCUCACAGCUCCUCCUCUUCAGUACAGACACUUUGUGGAUCAUGUUCUCCUGAGACGCCGCCGCGGAACGUUCACUACAUGAAAAAAAAAAAACUCUACGGAACACAAAUAUUUAACUUCUUUAUUAUUAUUUUUAAACAUCUCUGAUGAGAGGAGAAUUACAUGAUUUCCUGUCGUCCGUCACUACAUUCCCCUCCCCCUCAGUAAUGGAUUCAGUACAUACGGGAGCCAGACAGAAACCAAAGACAGACACACACGUGCACCGAAAAAAGAAAAAGAAAAAAAAAAAAGUUCUCUCUGGAAAACUGUUCCUUUUACUAUACCUAGCUGCGGAACGGACAGCAGCAUACCUCUAUCUCUCUCUCUCUGUCUCUCACACACACUCUCAAUCUCUCUCCAUCAAGUUCUGUCACUCUGUCACUCUCUCUUGAUGGCCCUUCCCACUCAGCAAGAUGUUAUGAGUUAUUGUAGCAGGAGGAAAGUCCUGGAGAACAAACGAGAUCUGAUUGUGCAGGACAUUGAAUCAGUUGUGCUCUUUAAAUGCUUUCAGGACUGAUUGUGUGUGUGUGGGAGUGUGUGUGGAGAGGGUGGGGCUUCUUCAGGGGUGGUGUGGGUGGGUGGAGUCAGGCUGUUUGCUUUGUAAAGGACAAUUUAUACUACUGCAUCGAAUCAACACACAAUCUACCGUGUAGCUUGCACAAGUGACUUACAGUAUGUUGGUGUGACGCAACGCAAAACUGCAAAGGUGGGAUUAUGAUUCUCAGUGGACCAAUCCCAGUUGCUGCAGUCACACCACAAUAUGUAGUUUUUUCUGACGAGUUGUUGUCGAAGUCGAGCGUACUUUGUGACUUUGGGAGGUCUGCUGAGGCCUUAAGGGUACGUGGCUUCGUCGAUUCGACGCAGAAGUAUAAAUUGGCCUGAAGUUUGCGUGCAGAUAUGUGUUUGUGUCACGUACCGUUCUGUCUCCAGGAGAGGGAAGGAAAAAAACUGAAAAAAAAAAAAAAAACACCUGCCAAAGUGACACGGAUUCCUAUCAUUUUUUUUUUUUUUUCAUUAAUAAGUUUGUUCCUCCUGGUUCUUGGUCCCGCUCAGGAACCGUCUCAGUGUCUGGCUAGCUGUGCGUCCUACUUGAUUGCUGUUUGACCGCUGUUGUCGAUGUUGUUUCUGAUGUUGUUGUUGCUGGCGUUGACUACCAAGACCACAAGACACUCUGUCCACACUCUAAAGUCUAAAACCUUACCCUCACAUUUUUGGACACCCUGGCAGGAGUGGACAAGUCUCUCUCUGAAGCCUUCUGGAAACCCAAGUGAAUGUUUAGGUGUGUGCUGUGUGUAUGCGAUUGUGUGGUUGUGUAUGUAUGUAUGUGUGUGUGUGGAUAGGAGGGUGUGGUCAGGGGAGGUGGGCGGUUUUCUUUUCUUUUCAAUCUGCUGUUCUGUAAGCGAAAAACUGCUGAAUUUUCCAGGUCCGCCCGCAUCCUCGCCUUCCAUCGAAUGCUUUCAUUCGUUCUCAUAUAUACAGUGCAAAACACAACGUUCCGAGAAUUACGAAGCCAUGUGUUUCCGUAACUCUCUCUUUUUCCUUAACAUUAUUUUUGUUACCCUUUGUGCCACCCACCAUGAUUUGCACCCGGAGACGAAUUUUUGAAGGUUUUGGAUGCAUUGCCUUUACGCAUCCUUCACCUUUUCAUUUUUCUUUUCAUUUUUUUUUUCCUUUUCAUUUUUCUUCUAAUUCUUUGCUGCUUUUGAGGAAUCAUUUGUAGUUUCUAUUUAUUUUAUUGGAAGAUGAGCCUUUAUUUUUGUUGGUUUUCUUUUGAGUGAUUUCUUUCUCUUUUUUUCCUCCUCUUUUCCUCACCCUGUCUUUUAUUAGUUGUUACUGAGGGAUUUGGUUUUAAAGAUUCUCCCCUUUGGUGUAUAUUUUCAGAUUAUAUAAAAGAGCAGUUAUACUUUUUCUUCCUUUUUUUUAAGGAGUUACUUUUUUUUUCGGGGGGUCAAGUUGUUCUAUAUAUACAUAUAUAAAUAUAUAUAUAAAUAAACCGGGGCUGGAAAUUUGGGGAGAGUGCAGGAUUUUUUUUUUCGUUUUCCCCGGAUGUGAGAACAGACGAACAGCUCUAUUAUUAUAAAUAAGGCUGAAGCUGAAUGAACGAAUGCUGUACAAAGAAAACACUACUGUCGGGAAAAGCUGCGGCCAGCGGGGGGAGCUAGAAUCUACAGUUGGCACCAAAAAUCCUGGUGCUGUUUCCAGGGCAAGGCCAGUGACAGCAAAUGAGAUACAUAAAAUACACAGAUCCACAGUGUUGUUCAUCACUCUGAGCCAUUUACUGGUAUAUAUAUAUAUGUACUAUAAUAUGUACUUUACACCCCACCAAUUCCGAGGUCUCUGGCUCGUGCCCGCUGGCCGCUAUCUUGAGCACUUUGCGGCUACAGGUUUGUAGUAUGAUGAAAAUAAAACAAGUUCACGAAGCUGAAGCCCCUGGACAGGUUGGCCUCUGCACCCAGAUGGUCGUUGGCCCAAAUAACUGACACUUCUGUGCUGCCCCCAGCCCAACGUUUGUAAUGCUUUAAUUUUUAGUAAUUUUUAAAUGACCUGUUAAAUUAAUCAGAAAUGUGCUGGUAUCCACAAAGAGAUGUGUAUGGAUUUUUUUUUUUUUUUGUUUCUCUCUCAAAUAAAUGCAUGUAAUGACAAAGUAAAA